AUGGGCGGCGAUCUCAACUUAAAAAAGAGCUGGAAUCCCGUUCUACAAAAGAACCAGGAAAAAACAUGGCUCGCCGAAAAGAAGGCGCUCGAGGAGCGCAAACGUAUCGACCAGAUGAUGCGAGAGCGACAGGAAGAGCGACAAAUGCUAGAGAUUCAACAACUACAAGAAGCUGCUGGCGGCAAAAAACGAUUGAAUCGGGUCGAUUGGAUGUAUUCGGGUCCUUCGAGCGGACAACUUGGAACGACCGAGGAGAUGGAGGGUUAUCUACUGGGAAAGCGCAGGAUUGAUGGUUUGAUUAAGGGGUCGGAGAAUCAGAAACUUGAAAAGUCUGCGGCGCAGGACUCGUUCAUGGCUUUGCAAAAUGCGAAUACGGCGAGAGAUACGGCUGCGAAGAUUAGGGAGGAUCCUAUGUUGGCGAUUAAGAAACAGGAGCAGGCUGCAUAUGAGGCGAUGAUGAACGACCCCGUGCGAAGGAGACAGUUGAUGCAGGCCGCCGGCAAAGAGAGUGGAUCUGCAGAAAAGGAACGCAGACAUCAUCGCCAUAGACAUCGACACCGAGACGAUGAAGAUCGACGAUCGCGACAUCGUUCGAGAAGACAUGACUAUGAUGAUGACGACGACGAUCGGAAACAUAGGCGACGCCGCGACGAUAGUGUAUCCGGUUCUCGUUCCCGAUCGCCAGUGAGACAAUCUCGAUCUCGACGCUCUCCUUCCCCUUCGAGACACACAUCCCGCCGUUCGCGAUCGCCUCGUCGCGAGCACCGUGAGCACCGUGAAAGAUCAUAUUCUCCACAGCCACGCCGUCGCGAUCGCUCUCCCCGGCGGGACCGGGACAGAGACCAUGAGCGAAACGAUAGGCGACAGACAUGGCACCACAAUCCACGCCCAGCACCUCCACAGCGCGAAUCACAAGCUUCUUCCAAAUCCAUCGAAGAGGAGCGAGCAGCCAAAUUGGCGGCAAUGCAACAGAAUGCGAAUGAUUUGGAUAAAGUACGAGGGGAGCGCUUAGCAGCUGCAGAUGCGCGUGAGAAAGCCGAGCGUGAAGCUGAUGAAGCGGCUCGCGCUCGAACGAGCAAAGACGGUGGGAAAGGAGCUUUCUUGUCGAACAUUAACAAACGCGCGGGAGAAUUGGAUCUAUCUGAACGACUUCAACGGGGGCGACGUAACGUCGAAAAGGAGCAGGAAGCAUAUUGA